AUGGAGAGAAGACCUAAUCUGGAUGAUUUGACAAACCGUGAAAUCGUUGAUCGAUACCGUCUUGAUCGUGACGGGAUCGAUUAUGUGGAAAACAUAUUAUCAAGACAAAUAACGCCAAAAGCGUAUCGAAACCAUGCCAUCUCUGCAAGGCACAAACUACUUCUAACCUUAAGGUAUCUCGCGUCUGGUCCAAUCCAACUGAAUGACUGCGACUUUCAUGGUGUCAGUCAACCGACUGUUUCAAGAGUAUUGGUAGAAAUGCUGAAUGUCUUGUCAGAUACAAGGCUGGUACGACAGUUCAUUUCCUUCCCCACAGAUGUAGCAGAUCUGAGGAGGAACGCUACAAUUUUUGAGGGAAUUGCCAACUUCCCAAAAGUGAUGGGCCUCAUAAAUGGCACCCACAUAAGAAUUAGGGCACCGUCAGAAGACGAAUAUAAUUUUAUGUAUGUAAACAGGAAACAGUUUCAUAGUAUAAACGUGCAGGUUGUGGAUGGCGAUGACAAAAUCAUCGACAUUGUAGCCCGCUGGCCGGGAUCUGUUCAUAAUGCCAGAAAUUUGCGAGAAAGUGGCCUAUCCCAGCUCUUGGAUAAUGGGUUUGGAGGCCAUGAACAGUUCCAUCUACUGGGUGAUAGCGGCUAUCCUAGUAAGCGAUGGCUGCUUACACCAUAUCUGAACCCCCAAGGUUUAGCACAAGUAGCUUACAACAGGUAUGCAGUAAUUGCUUAA